AGCAGUCGCUGCCAUACAACUCUUGUUACAGUACUUGUAGACAUUUUGUCGUUUUAGAAAGUUAUGGACGGAAUUAACCUCAGGGAAUGGUACUGCUGAGGUAGCCAAAAGACGUCGGCAUCUAAGGCCAAAUCCAUAUAUAUAUUCAGAGGAAGGUGACAGAUAAGCUCCCAUCAUGCCUUUGGUGACGCGAAACAUCGAACCAAGGCACCUCUGUCGCCAGUCACUGCCAAAUACAAUCAAGAGUGAACUGGAGUGUGUGACCAACAUCACACUUGCCAACAUCAUUCGCCAGCUUGGAUCACUUAGUAAGUAUGCAGAGGAUGUGUUCGGCGAACUGUUUGUCCAGGCCAGCUCGUUUGCCGAACGGGUCAACACGCUGGGAGAGAGAGUGGACAAGCUGCAGGUCAAAGUCACCCAGCUGGACCCUAAAGAAGAGGAAGUUUCUCUUCAGGCCAUUACCAGCCGCAAAGCCUUCCACUCCAAUUUCAUCCAGGAUCAGAAGCUCUUCAUUAGGGUGUCACUACCGCAACCUAUCCAAGAGACCUAUCUGACCUGCAGCCAGCCACCCCCACUCAACAAUCUGAGCUGUUACAGGGAGGAUGGAAAGGAGGCUCUCAAGUUCUACACUGAUCCGUCUUAUUUCUUUGACCUCUGGAAAGAGAAAAUGCUUCAAGAUACCAAGGACAUUAUGAAAGAGAAACGCAAACAUAAGAAGAAGAAAGAUGACAACCCUAACCGAAGGAACUUGAACCCUCGAAAGAUCAAAACCCGUAAAGAUGAAUGGGAACGCCGGAAAAUGGGGGAGGAGUUUGUGGUUCCCAAAAACGAUAGCUUGGGCAACUCUUCAGAAGUGUUGAACGGCAGUAUUGGCUCUGGUGAUGAUGGAUUUAAUCACUCUGAUGGCUAUUUGGACCAAAGCACUAACUCCUACAUCUAUGAUCCCAGCUCUCCUCUCCCACCUCCAAUGCAAGAGGACUUCCCACCACCACCACCUCCAGACAUGCCGUAUAAUGAUGUAUCUGGUGGUCCUCCUCCGAAGCGUGGCAGUCUUUUAAGCCCCAGUCAUCCUCCUCCAGCUCCACCAGCGAUGCCUUCUUCUCCAGGCCGUCCAACUGUUGCUCCUCCUCUGGCACCGCCACCACCUCCACCUCCCGGUGGCAUGAUCCCACCUCCGCCACCUCUAGGUUUUGAUUCGCCCCCCUCUCCUCCUCCAUUCUCCAGCAAUGCUGUUUCCAUCCCACCACCCAUGGAAACCUGUAGUCUAGCUCCUCCACCGCCACCCAUGGCGGGGGGACCACCUCCUCCUCCCCCUCCACCUCCUCCUCCAGGUCCUCCUCUACCUUCUGCUCCAGCCCCACCUCCCUCAGGAGGAGUCUCUGCUCCCGCCGCACCCAAAGCCCAGCCUGCUCCAGCCGCAAGCGAUGCUCGCAGCGACCUUCUUUCAGCUAUCCGUCAAGGAUUUAACCUGCGUAAAGUGGAGGAACAGCGAGAGCAGGAGAAGAGAGAUCACGUGGGCAAUGAUGUCUCAGCCAUCCUGUCCCGCCGCAUUGCCGUGGAGUGCAGCGACUCUGAGGAUGAUUCAUCCGAAUUUGAUGAUGAUGAGUGGUCUGACUAAAGCUAUCGUCCCGCUCUUCGUCACCUGUGCGAUGACAUUAAGAUCAUUCCUUUUAGACCUCACACUUCUCAUAUUACCUGUUUACCUACAGUGAGGCCAAAAGCAAAUAAGGGGAAGAGUGUGUGUCCAGAGGGUUGAGUUUAAUCUAAAUGAGAGAGUGAAUUAUUUAGUUGAUAAGCCUUCUCCUGUUUCAGAGCACCUGUGCCUCUAUAUAAUGUGGCCAAAGGUAAACCGAAACUGUGUGUGUGUGUAUACUUCCAUAUUUUCCUCUUGAUGCAUCAGUAUCGUUUCUGUUAAAAUCCCACAUGAUUUAACAUAACUGUAUUAACUAAUCAACUAAAGCCUUCCUUAUAGCCAAGACUAGACACACUUUCUAAUGCAGAUAUUUAAAAUAGUAAGAUGUUUUGUGUCUAUGAUAGUUUUUGCACCUUGUAGGAUGAAAUAACCUUGUAUUUCAUUGCAGUACGUAUUCAUGCUCCUUGACCAAAAGUCAUUAUCUGUUUAAAUGGCAUCCGGCUGUGUCUGUGCUGUUUUCAGCCCUCAGGUCUGACUGAAUGAUGUUUAUGUCAGCCUCACAGUACUACCAGUAGUUUUUUCUUUGUUUAGCCCAAGUGCCUGCUUCAUAAUGCCUGUUGUUUUAAUGCCAAAGUUUUAGAAAUUAUGCAAGAUUUUGAAAUCAAAGAAAAGUGAGAUUGUUUUAUUUGAUACAUGUGGGUAAUAAUUAUGAUUUUUUUUCUAUCAGCAACUGAAAUAAAAUCUUAAAUAUACUGUGUCCGUCUGCUGUUACAGAUGUUUUAGAAGAGUGUUGAGUGCAUAGCUGAACUUUUUUCUACAUGUAUGAGCUUGCAUGUGCAGGGGCUUUUAAAGACUUCAAACUGUACAGCAGCAUGCCUAUUAUGCUGCUUGGGUUGGGGUAAACAUUCAAUCCACACAGGUGGUCUUGAGCUUCAUGAGUAGUUUGAGAAAUAAACAAUGCAACAGGCCAGAUCAUCUCAAUGAUUUA